UUUGCUGGUUAAAUCCAGCUCUGGACAGCGGGCAUCAUUGACUGUGUCUUGCCGUGGUGAGGCAGGCUGGAGUUCUCUGGGGCAACAGCAACGCAUUAGGGAGUUGCUGAAUUAUAGGCUGAAUCCAGAGCCCAUACUCCCUAAGAUGGAGGGGGUUACUGAGUUUACCGAAUACAUAUCUGAGACUGUGGAUGUACCAUCCCCAUUUGACCUUCUUCUUGAGCCUCCAACCUCUGGAGGAUUCCUAAAGCUGUCAAAGCCUUGCUGCUACAUCUUUCCUGGUGGACGAGGAGAUUCUGCGCUUUUUGCCGUCAAUGGGUUUAACAUUUUGAUUGACGGUGGCUCUGACAGAAAGUCAUGCUUCUGGAAGCUUGUCAGACAUUUAGAUCGUAUUGAUUCUAUCCUUCUUACCCAUAUUGGCGCUGAUAAUCUUCCCGGGAUCAAUGGACUCCUUCAAAGGAAGGUUGCAGAACAAGAGGAAGAACAGUCUCAAGACUCAACCACCUACAGUGAUUGGAUGAAAAACCUUAUAUCACCCGAGCUCGGAGUUGUGUUCUUCAACGUACCUGAGAAGCUUCGCACAUCAGAAUCAAAUUUGAAAGUCAAGAGAAGCAUUGAGGAAGCCUCUCUUACAUUGCAAUACCUCAGCAAGCUAGGAAUUAAGCCUGAGCCUCUUUUUCGAGUGGUUAGUAAUACCAUCGAGCCCAUCACUCUUUUUCACAAGAUGGGUGUUGGCAGGUUAGACAUGUUUGUCCUGAACCCUGUGAAGGACAGUAAGGAAAUGCAGUUCCUCAUGCAGAAGUGGGCAGGUAACAGCAAGGCCAAGACAGGGAUAGUGCUUCCCAAUGGAAAAGAGGGAGAAAUAUCUGUACCGUAUUUGACAUCUAUUACUGCUCUCGUUGUAUGGCUCCCUGCCAACCCUACAGAAAAAAUUAUCAGAGUUUUGUUUCCAGGAAAUGCACCGCAGAACAAAAUCCUUGAAGGGCUUGAAAAGUUGAAGCACCUUGAUUUCUUGCGGUAUCCGGUAGCCACCCAAAAAGACAUAAAUUCUGGGGUUUCACCUUCAGCGGUAGUAAAACAUACAAAGCUAAAACAAAGAACUGACAGCAAAGAAAGUCUCAAAUCAUCUCCCAAGACUUCAAGCACCCUAAGCCUUUUAAGAAAGUAAACCGAUGAGCAUGAGGAUGUAACCAUUGUUGACAUAAGAAGUGACUCUGUCAAUGAGAACAAGAUUGAGAAAAAAGAAGAAAAGAAGCACACCAAGCCACUGAAACCAAAAGCAGAUGUAACAGAGAAGAAAAAAUUAUUGAAGGAGAUCACUGAAAAACACCCAAGGAACAGGGUGUCUAAAAUGGAUGAAAAGAAAGACAAAGAAAAGAGGGAAGUUAAAAAAGAAGAAAAACGUGAAAUUAAAAAAGAUGAUUCUGUGAAAAAAGAUGAGAAAAAAGUAAAACCAAGGACACUUCAAAACCUGAAAAUGAGAAAAAUAUAACUAAAACCUGACCUGAAACCUUUUACCCCAGAGGUCAGAAAGACCCUCCACAAGGCCAAAACCCAAGGGAAACCCAAAACAAUAAAGAGCAAACCUACAACUGCCAAGGUAGAGAGUGCAGAGAUUGUGGCCCAACCAGUGCCUGAGAAGACUGAGCCUGAGAAACCGGAAAAAACAGGAAGACAGGAAGAAGUAAUAUCUGCUCCAUCUACUCCAGAAGAUUUAACAAAAAAGGACUUUGAUGAAAUGAGACCCACUGAAACAACAGAUCAAUCUGAAGCUCCUAAAAAGGAGCGAGAAGAACAAGAUCAUGUUACAGAAAAACGAUAUUGUGGAACAAAAAAACUACAGAGAAAAGAAGCAGCACCCUCAGCAGAAAUCCAAGAAGUGCCAUCAGCAGAAGUGAAAGAACAACAGGAUGACACCCAAGCAUUAGAAUUAGAGAAAUUUGAGGAUGAGGGUGCUGCAAUUGAAGAUGAAGAUGAGGAGGAGGUUGAGAUACAGCCUGUUAAGAAGAAGACAGAGGAGGAGGAGGAGGAAGACAUGGGAAUAGGAGAUGAAGAGGAUGAAGGGGCAACAAAGGAAACCAAAGAUUUAGAGGGCGUGGACAGAAAACAUGAAGUUGAGGAAAUGGAAAAGCAAAAACAGGUGGAGGAAAGAAAGGCUGAAGCUGAAGAGGAGCAGUUUGAAGAAGAGGAUGUGAUUGAAAAAGCUGAGCUAGAGGAGGCAGAGGAUUUGGAUGCCAUUGCAGAUGAAGAAAUAAAGGAUUUCUCUGCUGAGAAAGUGAAGGAAGAAGAGGAUGCAUACUUGUCAAAUGUUGGAGGUGUUACAGCUGGCAUUACCUCUACAGCCCAAGGAGCUGCAGCAGCAGAAAACUUAUCAUACAUUCAGGAUGAAACUAUUCCUGUUUACUCUGAGACUGAACAGACCAUCUCAGAUGAAGAGAUCCAUGAAGAAGCAGAGGACAGGAUACCACACCUUCAAUAUGAGGUUGGUAGCUAUGAUGUCUCGGUCCCAGACCAACCAGGCUCCUUUGAUGCAAUCCAUGGAAUGAGAGAAAUGCAAGCUGCUGCAAUGGGCAAUGGAACAGGCAAAGUAUUGAUUGGUGCACAGGAGCCACCUAUUUCCAUCUACACCAGCAUAUUUGCAGCACCACUAGCUGAAGAAGAACAUGUUUCUUCAGCAACGUCUAUAACAGAGUAUGACAAACUGUCUUCUUUACCCACUUCCGUUGCAGAGGAUCAUUCAGUGGCAUCCGUCACAGCACCUCAGACUGAAGACACUGGAAAAAGUUCCCUUGUCUUGGAUACCAUUCAACCGGUUACCCAGACUGAGGCCACCCAAGGAAAAGACUACCUACAUUCAGCUGGAACAAUCUCACCAACAUCCUCCUUAGAGGAAGACAAGUGUUUCAAAUCAUCUCCCUCUGAGGAAUCUCCACCACUUCCCUUAGAAGGCAAAACUGAGGGAAUUGAGAUGGCUGUCCAUUACGGUGAUGAAGAGGAAGAUGAAUAUGAGGAUCAAACACCAAAUGUUGACAUUUCACUUGGAAAGUUACAAGAAGCAUAUGCCUCACCUGAUAAACCUGAGCACAAGGAGAAAGAAAUGGACAACCCAAAAGUCGUGCCUUUAGUUCCUGAUACUUCAUCAGAUGAAAAACCCUCACCACCUGAGAUGGAGAAGGCACCAGUAUCACCUUCUAGGGAGGACUCAUCUUUUGAAGUACAGACAAUACUCUCCUCCCCAUCACACAGUGUUUCUAAGCUUCCUGUUGCAGAAGCUAGUGUUUUUCCAGAUGUGGAAGACCGAUGCAUUAGCCCUGAUGACAGCACUGUAAAAAUGGCUUCUCCUACACAUUCUGGACCACCUAGUGCAUCUCACUCUCCCCUCAGAAUGUCACCUGUGGAAGGGAAGGAUAAAGUUCUUCUUAAAGAGAUUCAUCAAGAACCAGGAGUGCCACCUAGCCCCACUGAAAUUGAAUCUGAAAAGGAGAGUUAUAAAAAAGAAAGUCUACCAGUUCUACCAUCAAAAGAAAUAAGUGAUACAAAGGUAAUGCCUGAUCCAAGUGUUGAAAAGAAGGGCAAAGUUGAAGAGGACUUAAAAGAGACCAGCAAGGCUUUAAUUCUAGAGGAUAAAGAUAUCAAAUUAUCCGAUGAUCAUGACGUUGAAGAAACCCGUGAUUUAAAAGAGAAAAGAGAGGAGCAGACAGAAAAGGAGGGUGAGAGAGAUGAUACUGAAGGGAAACAUAAGAAGGAAGACCAAUUAUUAAAGUAUGCAGAGGUUACAGAUAAAGGUGAUGUAAUAUCAGAACCAGAAAAAGCAGCAUUGCCCUCUAAAGAGGAUUUUGAUAAGAAAAAUGCAAAUGAACAAGAGUUUCAAGAAAAGAGUUUUCCAGCAAUUCUGGAAAGUUCUGAGAUAGAAAAACAGGAGAAAGAAGAAGAAGAAAUUCAGUCAGAGAAAGACAAAAUAUCUUAUAAAUUGGACAAGGAAUCCAAAGAGAAAGAUCUGACUGAUAUAUCUUGUCAGUCCAUAGAAAGCCCAGAUAUAAAAGCAGAAACAUCAACAUCUCAUGAAGUAGCCAAAGCAUAUAUGGAGACACAAGACACUGUAGAGACAGAUGUGACAACUAAACCGGAAAAGACCUCUGAAUCAACUGAUAUUACACCUGAACAGGUGGCUUUGGAGGAAAUUGAUUCAUCUGUCUGUAUAAGCCAAUUUAAGGAAGACACAAAUGAACUCAAAUCUCAAAUACAACAGUUAAGUGAAAAAACAGAUGUUACACUGAAAGAUGAAGAAAAGGUAGGAAGUAAAAGUGAGACUGGACUGACAUAUGAGAAAAUUAUUUCAGCUGCCAAAGAAGACGAAGACUCUAGGGAUACAAAUGUAGAGAAAGUAAAAUCUGUGACGCCAGAGCAGAUUUCCCUCUCAAAACCAGAUGUUCCAUCUACAGAGAUGCAUGUAGAAGGGUCCAUUAUAGAGAAGGAUAUGUCUGCUAAAGAUGAUCAAGAAUCUAAGGGGAUGUCAGCACAAGAGAUGAAACCUCACACAUUAGAGGCAGCUCUAAGUGAGACUGAAAUUACUAGUAAACAAGAUGAAGACUUAAAGGAGAAGCUAUUGGAAGAAACUCAAACCACACAACAUUUAGAAAAAGCAGAUGUAUCAUACAAAGAAGAGCAUCAAAUAACACAUUCCGUCAUUUCACAGGACACAGAUGAAACUAGUCAAGAUAUGAAAACUGUAGAGGACACUAAAUCCAUAACACAAAUUUCAAUUUCAGACAAAAUGGAUUUCUUACCAAUAUUAGACCAAGAACCGAAAGAUGACCAACCAGAAUUGAGCCAAGGUCAAGUUUUGCUGUCUGAAUCUGAGAAAUUAGAUUUGUCCUCUAAAGAUGAUCAGGACCAGAAAAACAAAGAGUUUGUGAUUGUUAAACUAACUAGCAAACUAGAUGAAGAGUCUACAGAAUGUCAGACUUAUGAAAAAAGAGAUAUGCAUACUAUCUCUAAAUCUGAUUUUGAUUCUGAAGUUAAGAGUGGACCCCAGACAAUAACACCAGAACAAGAAGAUGUGCAAGCUAAAGAGGAUGAAAUAAGCAAAGGCAUAUUUGUCAAAUCUGAACAACCAGUCGAGUUUGAAGACAUUUCCCCAAAACCGUAUGAAUCUAAAGAUAAGUGUGUGGAGGAUACUCAACUUCAUAUAUCUACAGAUCAAUUAGUAUCCGAGAGUGCCGCUGCUAAAAAUGACCAACAGUAUGAAGAAAAACACACUGAAGAGAUUGAAACUGAAGAACUUCAACCAAGCGUGGCGACAGAUGUGCCAUCUGAUACAAAACAAGAACAUAAGGCAAUAUCUGUGGAAGAAAAGCCAGAACAGAUUCCAACAGAAUCAAAAACUCUGGAUUCAAAAUCAGAACACGAUACUUUAGACACACUGAAGAAAACAGAUCUUCCCAUUGCAGAAGAUAAAACAACUGAUUCAAAAGUAACCAAAGAGCCAGAGGAGAAAUUAAUGAAAGAAGAUGCAUCAAAAUUGGUGUCAGAUGAAUUAGACAGCAAAAUGGACUUGGGAGCCAAACCAAAAUCUUUGGUAGAAUCUUCAGAACAAAUGUUUGAGACCUCAGAUCUGAGUUGUAAAGAAAAAGUGGAAUUGAAAGAUGAACCUAAAGGAGAUAUCAAACAAGACACAUCAUUACACGAAACAGAUACGUUCCCAUCGUCAGGCAUUGGAUUCAAAUUAAAUUUAGAUUAUAAAGAAAAAUUCAUUGAAGAAGCCUCCUCAACUAUGGACAAAACAAAAGACACCAAGUCAACCUUUGAAACUACAUUUCCAACCAAAUUUUCAGAUGAAGAUGAAAGUACUGAGGAGGAUGAAGGAGAUGCUGUUUGUAUGGGAGGGGCUGGUUCAAGACCAUUAUCAGUGGAACCUUGGAAGUAUGAAGAACCAAAGGCAAGCAGUUCUGAGACAAGUAUGAAAAAAGAGGAAAUUGUGGCCCAUUUAGAGUUGACUAGAGAUUCCAGUGGAACAUCACCUGAACCAGAGAAGGAGUGUAAGGUGGAUACCACAUCACUUACACCACCUACUACAGAUACAAGUACUAAAGCUGUCUCCGAGACUCUAACUGAGAGCAAGCCAACAAGUUUCACACUGCCCAGCUCUGACAGUCAGGCAAGUGUUGAGGAUGACCAACAUGAAACAUUGCUCUCUUCAAAGGAAGCAGUUAAACCGGAGAAGGAGGCUGAGAGGGAAAGGGAAGGAGAACGAGAGAUUGCCUCUCCAGGGUUAGAGUCACAUUCUGAUUUUCAAAAGACUGGCAGUGCUGAUGAGAAAUGUGCUGGAAAGUCUGAUAGUGAGAAAAUUAAAUCUGAUGACAAGAUGACUUAUGAAGUGGAAAAAGAAAGCUAUGAAGCCUCUAAAUAUGAGCCAUAUGAAAAGCCUGUUUCAAAAGACACUGGGAGAGGAAGAGAGGAAGAGGACCAGGACCCUAGUCUGGAUAGAGAUUUAGAUGACAACAAAAAAACAAGUCAGGCCACUUUGCUUGGAGCUGCUUGUUCAGUAGAGGAACAAAGUGAUGAAGAGCCAGUGUCUUUCAGCAAGGUUGAUUACCAGGCCUCACCAAGUAUUCACAGCAGCCACAGUGCCUACUCAGAGCAAGACAAUAAGGAGCGAUACCAAGAAGAAGAUCUGGUUAGAGAAGAGAGACCAGAUCUGUUUGUUGACACUAGUUCUACAUAUGACAGCAAAGCCACUUCGGCAGCAGGUUCAAGCUUGUUUGCCUCUAGUGAUUUGCAAGACAAAUCUGAGAAAUUGGAGAGAGAGGAGAAGGAGAAGGAGAAAGAGGACACACACUCUCCUCUUCAGGAAAAAGAUGAUAUUAAAUUGCCAGAUAAAGAGCCAUGUACAUCUGCUUCCAGCCUUUCAAAAACUGAUACACAAGAGAAAGACCAUAAAACAGAAGCAACAUUGGCAACACCUCAUUCAGAGGACCUGGACAAGACCAAAACCCAUGUGACUGAAGCUUCCCCUCCAAAAGGGCUUCUUGCAUCAUCACAAGAUAAAAGUCUUCAGAGUCUAACAACUUCUUCAACAUCUGCUUCUGAUGACAACAAAAUGGAGAGUCCAGUCUCAAGUGAAGUUAACAAAGAUAAAAACAAACUGGAUUCAGCUGAAAGCCAAAGUGACCCAUUUUCUUCUGGUCGAUACUCACCACCUGAAAAGGACAUGCUUCCUGCCAGGUUAUCACCUGAAGAUCCCAACACCACCGCUCCUGGUUCUUCAGGGCAGUCCCUGAAAGUUGAAGACAACGUUCUUGCACUUGAGUGCACUGGAAAAACAGAUUCUCUUUCCAGCAAGUCAUUAAUUGUGAGUGCAGAGACAGAGGAAUGCUUGGUCAGAAGCCAAAAAAUAUUUGCAGAAGAAGAGGAUGACUAUGAGGAGGAGGAGGAGGAAGAGGAAGAUGCAAGUGACGUGGAUAUUGAAAAGGGUGCCAGAGAGAUGUCUGAAAAAGAGUCCAAAGUAGCAUUUGAUACCAUGACUAUAUCUAAACCACUUGAAACAAAACAAGAAGAUACUACUGGUUCCGUAGCACCUGGAGCAUCUGCAGAUCUACAGACAGAUAGAGCUGGUGAUUCGGCCACAGAAAAGUCCAUAACAGAGCCUUUAUCAGCACCUGCAGAGCACAUGGAUGUAAUCAGCAAGGAGGAUGAACAGUCCAAGAAAAAAGAUACUUGUUUAGUCCAAUAUGACAUACCCAAACCCAGCGAUGACAAACAUGAACCACAGAAAACGUCUGAUAAAAAGCAUGAAUUGACUGAAUCCCAAGCUGUUGCUCAAUCAGCCAUGUCUGAUGCAACUUACUCAUCAUCUUCAUCCUUUAGUUACUCUUCCUCAACAUCUGCCUCAUAUUCAACUGGUCAACACCUUGGAGAAGGCCUAGAAACGUUGAUUAAUGUUCCUAGUGUCCAACUACGAUCAGAUGGAGACAGUAUAUCAUAUGAGUACUCAUCGCUAAAAGAGGAAGAGUCGCCCAUUAUGGAUUUACCAUGUUUAAAAAAAGAUGAAUACAUGGAAGUCACAGACCGAAUGACACCUGCUACAACUACAGCUGAAUCAAUAUCUAGUCUUGCCAGGUUUUCUCCUCUCAGUCCCUUGGAGGAAUCCAAAUCGUUUCUUCAAGAUCAAACAUCAUCAGCAGAGGAAAAGUCAGAGGAGGAUAUGUCAAGCAUUAAAUCUGACACGGAUCAUGUCUCUCUUCCUAAACAUGUAGCAGAGCCACAUUCCUCAAAAUCACCAGAAUCAGCAACUUCUGAGCAUGCAACUCACCCAACUGAGGUGGCAUCUGCGACAUCUCUUAAGUUUGACAUUGCACCUUUGGAGAAGGCUGACUCUACAGACAAACAGUUACAGGAAAAAUCCUCUGAUGAUGAGCCUGAGGAUAACAAAAGCAGUUUUUUUGAGGAAGGAACCUUGCCAUGUAGAAUUGAAUGUGAAAGAUCUUCAGCUACUGAAAAAUUAAGCACAGCAUCUUUACCAGAGCAACAUGCUGAUGUAAAACCCUCAACCACAAUAUUACCUUCAUUUGAUCUGCAAACCACAGAUGGAACAACAGAAAUGAAAAGUUCUCAGAAGGUGCCAGUUACAACAUGUGGGCCUCUCAGUACCAGUACACAAAGUGAACAAAGUAUGAAGCAAGAAGGGGCAGAGAAGUCUGAGGCAAUUAAAGACUUGCCUGAAAAAGUACAGGAGGGGGUUGAAAUGAAAGAAGCAAAAGUGAGCAAAAUAGAAUAUGAAGAGGAGUGGGAGACAGAUGAGAAAGAAGGAGUAAAACAUAAAGCAAUGGUGGAAGAACAGAUACAAUCUGAAAAGAUGGUCGAAGUGAAGUCAGAAAAGAUAGGAGAGAGCCUAGAUGAUGGCAAAAAGUCAGAGCAGCAGAGCGAUUGUGAAGGGAAAACGGAGCAGUUAAAAAAAAGGAAUCUACAAAAAAAAAUAGAAGAAAAAAAAAACAAAAGAAAAGAUAAUAUGAUACGAGAAGACAGCAAAAAAACAGAUACAGUUGAGUCCAGCCAGCAUAGUGCCUUUGCGUCCACAAUGCAGCAUGAAAAUGUUGUAUGUCUAAAGGCUCCACCUGGCUAUGGAGAAGAUGUUUAUGAGGGUAUAAAGGAGGAAAAGGGGGAUGAAGAGGAGGAAGUGAAAUAUGAUUCAAAAGAACGUCCACCAACUCCACUAUCAGGAGCACAGGCUUGUUAUCCUGAGGUCUCCGAGAAGUCAGAUGAGGAAUUCACUCGACCCUCUGAUCUUGGUAUGGAGGCCAUGUCCUCACAUUCACCUUCUCUCUUCAAACACCGCAAAGGAGAUAUCUCUCCAUCCUUCAUUAAUCCAAGCCCUCAGGAACUAUGGAGUGAGGACGGAGAGGAAGAUGCUAAAAGCGAUCAUUCAAGGGAUGAUGAUGGUGAUGAGCGUGAGCAGCAUUCUGUCAAAAGGAGAUCUCACAAGCAGCAGCAUCGUCAUCCCCACAGUCACCAUGAAGAUGGUAAGGAGGGAUCGCACAGCAUACUGAGUGGUACGUCAACUGGGCAUGGCAUUAUGCUAGCAGGGGAGGAAACUCCUCCUACAUCUCUGAGUGAGUCACUACCAUCUCAGUCUGACUCAGAUGUUCCUCCAGGGACUGAGGAAUGUCCUUCAAUUACAGCAGAAGGGAACCUUGAUUCUGAUGAAGAUGCAGAACAUCUACCUGUGGACAAAAUGUCUGCAGCUGGUGGUAGCGGAGGAGGUCAUCAUUCCUCCUCCCCGAGAAGUCACGAUCCCCCGCCCAUUCCAGAGAAAGACCCUCUUCCUCACCCUCCACACCCUGAUGUGUGCAUGGUGGACCCAGAGGCCCUUCUUAAUGGUCAGACCCACACUGAACGGCCAGUAAAGAAAGACCUAAAAACAAAUAGAGGUUUGAGGAAGACCCUAGGAAAGUCUGCAUCGCCGGCACGUAAAGGAGAUACAAAAAGCAGGAGAUCUACUACCCCUGUGAAGAAGACAUCCAAAGACUCCUCACCUCAUGAUCUUAAAAGAAAAGAUUCGGACAAGACUUUUCGUUUGUCCAAAAUGUCUGAGACACAGGGAUCCAGGGGAGACAUCUACAACCCAGGAAGAGGACUAGUCAAUGGCGUUAAGAGUAAUGCAGGCUCCAACCUGAAAUCCAGCGCUGGGACUCCACCUGGACCACCCAUCUAUGUCGAUCUAGCUUACAUUCCCAACCACUGCAGUGCUAAAAAUGUUGAUCAAGAAUUCUUCAAGCGAGUGCGAGCAGCAUACUAUGUCGUCAGUGGAAAUGACCCAGGCAGUGGUGAACCCAGCCGUGCAGUUCUAGAUGCACUUCUAGAAGGGAAAGCGCAAUGGGGCACUAAUCUACAGGUCACUUUAAUCCCUACACAUGACACAGAGGUAACUCGGGAUUGGUAUCAGCAGACCCAUGAGAAACAGCAGGACCUGAAUAUAAUGGUCUUGGCCAGCAGCAGCACAGUGGUCAUGCAGGAUGAAUCUUUCCCAGCCUGCAAAAUAGAAUUUUGAAUUGGUUUUCUAUUUAGAGCUUUCCAUUCAUUCCUCAUUCAUUUCUAAUCUUUUAGGUUUAGAUGAGAUACUCCACCCACAGCCUUCCAUCCGCUGCCAUUUAUAGUUUGUAUUCUAAUCCUUAAAAAUUCAACAAAAUCCUAGUGCUGUCAAAGGACUUUAUUAUAAGCUUCGGUCCUGAAUCUAUUGUACAUUUUUGAUUGCAUCUACAAGGCUUUGGCAGAAAACUGAAUGUUCACUAGCUAGCUGCUAUGAAAUAAUAAUAUAAUGUUCAAGUAGGCUAAAGCUGCAUUGCAAAUGGAGUUUUUCUCAUAUUCUUUACCAUAACCUUAGAGACCAAAGAUUUUAUCCUGCCUGUAAUUUGAAUUCGAAGCACAAAAAAUGCCCUCUGUGAAUUGGUUAAUACAUCAUCUGAUUAAUGUUUCACAUCCUUUAUCAUCAAUUUUAGCAGACAUACCACAUAUAGACACAGUUGCCUGGGAGAACAUACUUUAAACAUAAGGUCACAAGGCCUUAGAGCAAACAACCUCUGAGAACAGACUCAAAAAAGUUCAGAGUAGCUGUCUUGUGAGCUACGGUUACAAUGAGGCUAGACAAGUCUCCCCAUGAGAUCACAUACCAGCAGAUGAGUGAAGAAAGAAAUAACUCUAUAACUCUAAAUUGCUAAUCCAAAGAGGAUUUGUGCCAAAUCUCAAUUCUUUCAAAUGACGAUUUACAAUAUCAAACAUAAUCCAAGAUAUGUGUCCCUUAGGUGACAAAGAUGGAUCAUUCUCUAUUCAAACAUCUAAGCAGUCCAGCAGUUUUAUCUCAAUAAUCUGAUAGUAGUGAAGACUGUACAUGUUUUUAAGAGUAAAGCAAAGUAGAUGGCAUCUUCACAAACUACUAACUCACUGAUAUGACAGAUUUUGGGUGACUAGGCUCUAAUAUGAACAUGUGGCUCAGGAUAUAGAAGGCAAAAGGUUAUAGAAAGAAUAAGAGUUUUGUGUUUUUUCACUAUUGCAAGUACUGUACUAAAGCAUGCUGCUCUCUAGCUUGGACUAAACUUUGUUAGAAUAUUAAUCUAGUGAUCUGUUUUGGGGAUCUGUUGGGGUCCAGAUCUCUUCAAAAGCAAACUAAUAACGAGCAGCUUGAAUACCAUCUGCCCAUUAAUUGAGUAGACCACCAUUAGAGUUACCAAUUACACAACGUUCUGUUGCUUGAGUGAAAAUAUGACAGAAAUUUAAAUGUGGCCACUUUAAGACCAACAACAAUAAUAACGCUUCAAAUAAUCUCUGUUAUAUUUUGGUGUAGAGGAUUCAGAAUGCUGAAUGUUUUGUUUGUGUGUUGUUGAUACACUUGAGCUGAUUUUUUUUCUUCCCCAGGAUGAGAUUCUCUGGCUCACAAGCACUUUAGGUUUAACUUGUUUGAAAGGAAACUGGUGGAAAUUACACUAUGUGUCAAAAUGUAGCAGUAGAGACAUUUGUUAUAGAGAGACUAAUCCACAGAACUGAAUAUUUGUUUCAUGGUUGCUGUGAGAGCAGACAGUGAGGGUUACCCUCGUGCCUUUUGUGUGUUGUUUAACAAAGAAAAUGCUUAGUUAUCACAUACUUAUACAUACACACACAUUUAUUUUGGAUUAACUGAAAUUAGAAAUUCUUUAUAGCCUUAUUUUUUUAGGGUUACGCUAUUGAAGUUUAAACUGACUGAGAAGUGUAUUACAGGCAUUUAUUAUAAACUGUUAUUAUAAACAGCAGGCGUUUAUAAUAAUUACAUUAUGUUGCACCAAGUACGAUUGCACUUUUCUAAAAUGAAGUCAGUUUGGUAGCUAGGCAUCACCAUGUAAAUAAUUAAGUAACAUUUUAAUUUAUUUGAAAUUACACAAAUAUAAAAAUUUCAAUUAAAACGACUGAUCAGCAUUUGUUUUUUGGUCUGGCGAUGUGGACAAGAACUACUUUAGCUAGUUAUUAUCUAAAUGAAAUUGUAUGAUGGUCUGUUAUUGAGAACUUAAUACUCUUAAAGUACUAGAACAGGAACAGUUUAAAGGUGCAAUUUUGACUUUUGUUGCUAGUAUUAAUACAUUAAUUGGCAUUUUUAUUGCUUAUGUCUUUAAAAGUAGUAAAAAUAUGAAUUCAAGCUAACCUGAAGUUAUAUCAUUUACAAAACAAGCUGACAAUUAGUGUUUCUGUUUGCACUGAAGGCAAGAAAACAAAUUAGCAAUCUGUCAUUUGCUUGAUUUGACAGUGGCUCUACAUUUUCAGUUUCAUUGUGAACAGUAUCGCCAAUAGCUAAACAUCAAGGCCUCAUUGGUUAAUGCACAAUUGUUUUGUCCUCGAAAGAAACAUUUGCUUUCAAAGGCAGCAGUGCCAUCAUCCAUCCUGUUAGAAAACAAGCUCCACUGCACCCCUAACCCUAAUCCAGUAUAUUCACAGUGAGUGGAUAGUUUUUAGUCUGUCUUGAUUUUUCUUUUUUUGAAUGUAAAAGUCAGUAUUAAGCAUUGCAGUAGACUUAAUUUUGUGUUAUUUUAAUCUAGAUUGAAGUUCUUUGAGAAGUUGUCUUUGAGAUGGUCAAAGUGACAGGGUCUUUGUGUACUUUUACAUGCUGAGAACGCACAGGUUAGCAUUGGUGGUCAAAGCCUAAGAACUCAGCUGUAGGGCCUCAAAAAGCCUUGAAGAUUACACUAGUUUAUUGGUUAGAUACAGAAUUAUUUGCAAAAUCAAACCCAGUUCCAACGGUGUACGCAAACCCACACUGAGACCAAAUUCUUUCAUUUUUUUUGCUAGUGGGAUUGUUCAAAUGGGCUGAAUCUGUACUGUACGUCGUAUGGUGUGGAUAUAUUUUCGUAUUUUAUUUCAAAUACCUGGCCUUAGUAACAAGUACUAUAUGGUCUUGUUGAUUAGCUGUGAUUUCUUUACACAAAUUUAGUUUUGUGUUAAAGAUGAAUGCACUAACUUGAAAUAAUAUUUUUGAAUGUAAAGGUUGCUUUGCUGGAUGCUGCUUGAACAAAGAACUAGCAAAAUAUGCACACGGAACAGUGCACCUCAGAAAAUGGGUCACAGAAAGAACUGGUUAGAGUGACUCAUGACAAAAUAUUACAUGUUCAGCUGUUGCUGAUUUUAGUACAGAUACAUAACUCUCUUGAAAAUAAGAUUCAAAAUACUUUGGUUUGCAGAGGGCUGUUUCACAACCACCAUACUGAAAACGGAAUACACUACAGAUGCGAGGUUUCCUUCUUUACACUUAAAAAAGCCAAAAUAGACAUCAAAAACAAAUGGCUAAACCUGUACAUAAAUCAAAAUAGCUGACGUGGUCAUUUAUGUGAAAUGCUUUCUUUUAAGAAAGUUCUAUGGUCAUUGUAAUUCUGAUUUCCUAAAGAUAAAAAAAACUGCUUAAAGUACCUCUACGAAUCUCUAUUAGUUCAGUUUCAUUCUACAUCAAAUGUAUCAUCAUGUGAUGGAUUCAUUUGGCCAUAUGUCAUGUAUACGUAUCCAUCUUUGCAUGUGACCUUAUUAGUUAUACUCCUGAAUGUAACCGUUUAAUAAUCAGAAUUAAAACUAUUUUAAGAAGAUAUAUUUGAAGCUAACUGUCUUUAUGGUACUGAAAUAUGCAUAUAUUAUUGGGCUUGGCUUCUGUUUGCCCUAAGAUGUUGUCAAGAAGAUGCUGUGAUAUUUCCUCGUUCUUUGGCGCUGUAUGAAUCUUAGUUCUCUUAUUCUUUAGUGCAAUAUUCAACAUUCUGUCUUUAAAAGCUAAGUGCAAAAGUAGAUUUCUGCUAAUUUACUGUAAAGGGAACCCAUCCUGGUCAUCAUCAAUAAAGAAAAACAUCAAAAUUUGGAAAACUC